UUAUGAUAAAAACUUUUUAUAAAUUUAUUAAGCGAUCUCUGUUUUCUCUAUAUAAAGCGCGUCCCCCAGCUGCAUUGGUACAAAUUUUGCACUCUUUUCUUUCAUUUUUUUAUCGUUUUGAUCACUCUGAGAAUAACCCAUGUCGAAGCCAGAAUUGUUUAUUGCAGAGGAAGAGAUCAAAUCUCUUGAAUUCGUCAUCAAAUGCUUGAUCCCCACAUCUGAAUUCGGCGUCGAAAGAUCUUUGGAAAAUGAUAACGAAACAAAAGCGAAAGAAAAUCUCCAAAUAAUGGUGGUGAAACCAGUUGCAACAAAAUUUGAGAAGAAAGAAGGAGAAGAUGAGGAAGAAGAAGGUUUCCAAACUCCAAAAUCAAGAGAUCAUAGGAUACCGGAGAUUUUGACUUGCCCACAUGCUCCAAAGAAGCGGAGGCCUCCAAAAAGAAAAUCAUGUAUAUCUGAAAAUCGAUUUUUCAAGAAGGUAGUGCUCUCAGAAUGUUGCAAGGAAGUCGAUCUCAGUUCAAAGAAGCCCCCUUGUUCCUGGAGCGUUGGAGGCCGGGGAUGGGAACAUCUCGCAAACAUAAAUUUUGGCUCAGGUGACUCACAUUCCCCUCCAUGCCAGACACCCCAGCACCCUCAAACUCAUUGGAGAUGCAUGCGGGGACUUCAUAUCUGUACACUGGAAGUCGUCCGAGUUUCUCACCCUGGGCACUAUCCAGUUGCUGAUCGAAACUGUGAACCCUAAUCUCAUACCUCCCACGCUGUGGCUUAAAAUCAGAGGAGUCCUUUUUUGCAUUCAUAUGGCCUGGUUAGAGGCCUCACCCCUUUCCCAACCUCAUGGACGUGAGUUGUGUAAUGGCCCCAAGGCCCUGGGAGCGCAGGGCAGACCACAAUCGCCGGACCUUUGUGGCUCACAGAAGACGACGGGUCGCCCAUCGUAACUGUUGAAAUUUCAAUCGGACGGGUCCUGUUGGACUCCUCCAGCCCACGAACUCAGGCAGCCGCCCUUCCCUUCCGCUGUCCCCCCUCCCAACCUCCCUGCUGAAUCACGCGAGGGCUGAUGUCAGCCCCCUCACUGCCCCCAGGCAGCUGCCUCUCUCCCACCUUUCCUCUCCCACAUCACCCCCUUCCAAAACCCAUGUGACAGCCCAGACCCUCUCCCCAAACCCAUCCCUCCAUGUCCCUUCUCGAACGCAGAUCCCUUCUGCCCUCACAUGACACUCCCCCUCCCCUUCCUCCACAUGGCCUCCAUCCUGCAGCCCCCUCAUACGAACAGCACCUUGCCCACUUCACGUGCCACUCAACCCUCUCCUGGCCCCGUCAUUUCCAUCAUCUCCCCACGUGGCCAGAUCCCUCUAAUUGAACCAUCGCCUCCCCUCCGCCGCCUGGUCAUGUGGCCACCACCCCACCUUCCUGUGACAGGUCACCAGAUGUCACUCCCUCACUCUUGAGCCCUAUGCCUCCUCUCCUCCCCACUGACUCAAUCCGCCCCACCCCAACCUAACCUUCUGCCAAGCCCCAUCAACACCAACCCAAUCUCCCCUAUUCUCCCUCCAGACUUGGCUCCACCAUUGGAUCUAGGUCUGCAAACCUCCAUUCCCUCUCAGCCCUCCACGUCUCCUAUGACCACCCCCAUCAUUUCGCCAUCCAUACCAGCCCCCAUCUCUCCCACCACAUCAUCCAGAGUUAGCCUCUCUC